CUUGCGCAAGCUCACAACGUUGUAGAAUGCGGAUUUCGAAGCUAAUGAGAGUAGCUAGCUAGUAAGCUAAAAACAAGCUUCUUGUUGUUAGGCUUCAAGUGGGUUAAAAUGUCUAAAACACAUUCACAGCCCCCGUCAUCUUCGGCAGCGACGACUACCGGGGGUCCCUCCUCGUCCUCUUCGUCUUCGCCUGCUGGGGGGUCGACAUCUCCCGCAACCGUGUUGAACGUACAGCCCGAGAAACCUCAACAUUACACAUAUCUGAAGGAGUUUAGAACUGAGCAGUGUCCCCUGUUUGUACAGCACAAAUGUACACAACACAGGCCUUUUUCCUGUUUCCAUUGGCACUUCCUGAACCAGCGGCGGCGCAGACCCAUUCGCAGACGAGACGGGACCUUCAACUACAGCCCAGAUGUUUACUGUACCAAAUACGAUGAAGGAACAGGCACCUGUCCUGAUGGAGAUGAAUGCCCGUUUUUACAUCGAACUGCAGGUGACACAGAGCGCAGAUACCACCUCCGCUACUAUAAAACCGGAUCGUGUAUUCAUGAAACAGAUGCAAAAGGCCACUGCAGCAAGAAUGGCUCCCACUGUGCCUUUGCUCACGGAUCACAUGACCUGCGCAGCCCUGUGUAUGAUAUCAGAGAAGUGCAGGUCAUGGAGUCUCAAGGAGGCUCAGGGGCCACAGACGGAGGUGGAGGAGAUGGACAGUCAGGACAGGCAGCGAGUACAGCUCUGAUAGAGAAAAUCCUGAGUGAGGAGCCACGCUGGCAAGAUAACAACUAUGUGCUGUCCCACUACAAGACAGAGCUCUGUAAGAAGCCUCCUCGCUUGUGCCGUCAAGGUUAUGCCUGUCCAUAUUACCACAACAGCAAAGACAGGAGGCGCAGCCCACACAAGCACAAAUACAGAGCGCUGCCAUGUCCAUCAGUGAAACAGAGCGAAGAAUGGGGUGAUCCCAGCAAAUGUGAGGGAGCCGAGGGAUGCCAGUAUUGCCACACAAGAACAGAACAACAGUUCCAUCCAGAGAUCUAUAAAUCCACCAAGUGUAAUGAUAUGCAGCAGUGUGGCAGCUGUCCCAGAGGGCCCUUCUGUGCCUUUGCUCAUGUUGAAAAACCCUUUGGUCCUGAGGAGCCAUCAUUUCCCAACCCAAGCUCACCCCCACCGCCCAGACCUCCGGACCCUCUUCCUGUCCAGGAGGUUUCUUCCAGUCCCAGCAGUCACAGCAUCGGGCCUGGGGCUUGUUCUGUGUCAGACCCCUUCUCCCCCUCAGCAGGGUCAUGUGUAGCUGAGCAGGGUUUGCUGGGUAGUGUUUUGUCUCUGUGUGAGGAUCUGAGUGGAGGUGCAGAGCCUCUGUCUCCGUGGGCAGGAGAGGGAGGGUACGGCAGGGCGCCUGGAUUUGAGCGGGAAGACCAGGCCAAGCAAAGGAGUUUUGCUCUUGAGCAGCGCAACAGAGAAUUAGCAUCAACACAAAGUAAACAGGACUUGUUGGUAUUCUUGCCAGUUGGCAGCCCUUUGAGUCUGUCCUCAAGCAUCCCCUCUAGUCUGGCUGCCACACCGCCCAGCCCUGCCCCUCUUGGACUGCCUGGAUCCAGCAUCUCAUCAGGCAUGAAUGCUAACGCCCUGCCCUUCUACCCAACCAGUGAGACAGUGGAGUCAGUUGUUGAGUCAGCCCUGGAUGAUCUUGACCUGAACGACUUUGGUGUGUCGGCGUUGGAGAGAAGCUUGGAGAGCAGCUCUGCUCUGCCCAGUGUGGGAGUUAUGCUGGGAGGUAGCCAGCUUCAGAGCUCUGCCCCAGUCAACAUCCCAGGAUCUUUUAGCAGCUCUGCUCCUUUUAGCUCCCCCUCACCGUCUCCCCCAGUCAGACCACAUGCUUCACCAUUCUUCUCUACUCACCUGUCACAACCUGGCCAAUCAGAGAGCACCUUCCUGGGACCAUCUCAUAGCUCUUUAGGUCUGAAUGGGAUGAGCACAAAUAUCUGGGAGCACUUCCCAUCAGGCCAGGGUUCCCCUGGUACUCCCCCCACCCUGCUGCCUUCUGGCCCCUGUGCAGAGACCGCCAGGCUCAAACAGGAGCUGGAGGAAGCUCACAGGACACUGAAGCAGUGGGGUCACAGCUGGAGACAUACAGCUCAGUCGUGGGCUACUCUUAAAGCAGAUGCAGAGGAGUCUCGAGCUCAUGCAGCACGGUUGGCCAUGGAAGCAGAGAGAGCCAGGCAGGCUGAGGAGGACGCGCAGAGACAGGCUUCUCUCCUGCAGGAGGCGCUGGAGAGCUUACGGAGCGGAGACAAUCCCCAUCUUACACUGCACCAACUUCAGCUACUACACCGACUACCGCUAGAAUCAGUCCUCAGUCUACAGGCUCAGCUCUGUACUUGCUUACAUGCUGUGGAACAGGUGGUGUACAGGAAACAGAGACAGUGCUGUGUGACGUGUGGAGAGCAGGGCUCGGUGUCGCUGCCCUGUGGUCAUGGACUACAGUGUGAGAGCUGCUCCGCCUCCACAGAGUGUCCGCUCUGCCCCGAACAGACCCUGGAGCAGCAGCUCUCUUGACCUCGGUCGGACCAGCACAGAUUCCAGACCAGUCAGUCCUGAUUCCACAGAAAACCAGCCUUUGGACGCCGAGCGCCAUUUCAAAUCUGCGUAGAGGUCACUUUGUAAUACAGUAACAACAAAAGCACUGAUCUGGUUGUGUACUUUUAAGAUGACGUUUACCCGUGAAUGACCAGCUUAGUGAGUAUUACCCACUAAGUCAAAGCUCUUAAUGUGGAAUUUAGGAAUUUAAUAAUGUUUCCAGUGUUACACAAGGAACACAGUACAUUUUUCUAGUUAUUGCUUUUGACCAGCGACACUGUUCUUUAUCCCUGCUCUUGAGUUGUGAAAAUAACUGAAAGACCUGCUGUUAUUUCUUCUCUAACCCUAAUUAUGGAAUAUUUACAUACACAGUUCUGAAUCCAAAUUUUUCUGUCUAAAAAAACCCACCUUUCUAGAGUGUUAUCAAUCCAUCUAGGUGGUUUCAGGGUGACUUGCUGAGGAUUAAAUGUGUCCACUGGCACUUUUUACAAAAAAAUUUAAAAAAUCAGUGGCAUUUAGAUUUUUGGCACUGACAACUUCAAAAACAUUUCAUUAAACACUUUGAACUCUUUCCAAAAAGCAAGACUUGAGCUUGGUACCUCUCAGAAUAUCUCUGUGUGGCAUGUGUGUCAGCAACGAUCUCUAAACUGUCUAGAUAGAUGGGUAACAUGGCAGGUUAGCAGUUUUUUAAAUUUAUUCUUGAGGGUGUUGAGUCAUCUUAACAAAAUGUACAGGUCUGACUGAAAACACUUAAAGGGCACAUGGAGUUUGAUCCAGACAAUGAUCCUGUACUGCUCCAGCCAAAAGGAGGCCAUCACUUCAGUCUGCUGGUAGCACUCAAUAGAUUGUAUUGAAUGUGUUCAUUUUGACUUUUUGUUUAAUUCUAACAGUUUUUUAGCAAAAUAAAUUCAAAAUGGUCAAUUACUGUUCAAUAGUGAUAGAAAUAUUUAAAAAUUAGUAAUAUUUGUUCAGAUUUACAACAGAUGGCCUCUGUUUGAAGCACUCAGGUUUUCUCUAAUAUUCUUCUACGUAAACUGGAAGAAGACAGCAUGUCAACACAAUCGAGGCAAACUUCAGCUUGUGUAGUCUUUGAAAUUACAUAUUUUGAAUUUUUACUUAAAAGCUUUUCAUGUUAACUCAAACAUACAUGUUUUUGUUAAAACCGGCCCUUUCUCUAUGUUUAAAAUCAACAUGUGAAAGUUUUUUCUGCCAAAAUUUUUAAACUUAUGGUAAUCUUUGACAUUUAAGUGUGUCAAAUGUAGUCUAAUAUAUAGACACACACACAUAUAGUUAAGUGAUGUCAUACUUAUCUCUUGCACUGAUUAGACAAAGCAUCAGGAAGCAUAUGUAAAGAGCUGUGUGAGGUUUAAAUGCAGGUGUGAAAGUGUUCAUGAUCACUGUGAUGGUGUUUGUCAAACCCAUGCUCAGCAUACUGUCCACACACAACUCAUGCAACACCACUGUUUCCUUCUGAGUGGAUUUUUUUUUCUUUGUUUUUGGUACAGAUCAUUAAAACAAAUUGUAUAUUUUUGGAGGA